UUCGCCGUUAACCGUUUACCAUUCAUCGUUCGACGUUCACCAUUCGCCGCAUCGCACGCAUGUAAUGCUGUAAGGACGAAAGCUCUUCUGCAGGAGCAGCGGGCCGAAAAAGGCAGAAAACGGAGAGUUCUAGGGCCACACUCGCUUCACUUCGCUUCGCACGCAAAAAACUGAUACACACGGAAAAAUCGCUGGCAUUCAUUCACCGAAUACCAAGGCGAGAAGCGUGACCGCCUGCAGGAUAAAACAAAAAAACGUGGCCAAAAAAAUAUUAAAAUAACAUCCUUAAUACAUUUAUGUUAACUUGCAAGAUUCCAAGACAUUUGGCAUUUGACUUUUUGUUUGUGUGACUGUGCGUGCAACGGUGAAAGGAUACAAGAGUAUAUACACACACACACACACUAGAGGGAACGGAACGAACCAACGAAAGUCCUGUGUGUGUGUGUCCGUGUGCGCGAGUGCGUGCGUGUGUGUUUGGGCCACGUGAAGGCGAAGGCAAAGGCGCGCAACAACAGGAGCGGUUUGGAAUAGAGAUAGAGAUAGAGAAAGUGACAGUGCUGGCGAAAAAAAAAGAAAAACCGAAAGUGAAAAUUGAAUACGAGUACAAAAGCGAAUACGAAUUCGAAAACGGGGGGGAACAAAAAAAAGAAGGAAGCCAGGAUUCAGUAUUCAACGGGCGCGGAUCCUUCAGCCGUAAACUGUUGAAUAUAGAAUGACGCUGCUGACAAAAAUCAAUGUGAAGCACAAAGAAGCAACAGCAACGGUAACGGUAACGGUAACAACAGCCAGGAUCCCCAGUUUGCGCCGCUCCCGCAGAUAAAGGAUAACGAUUCGGCCGAGCGAUAGGGAUAAAAAGCGCAAGCAAAAAGCUAGCACUCGAAUCACUGCGAAAGGGAGGCAUUCAAGUGCAACAAUCGCCGAAAUAUCCUUGCUGCUUCUCCCCCUCCAAAAAAAGUGUGCUAUCCUGUUUCGUUUUCUCUUUUUUUUUUUUUGCUAACUGUUGAGGGUUGAGUGACAAAAUGAAGCCGUCGGAUUUGUUGUUGGUGCUAGAAAAGGUCAAGUUCAGGGUGCCCCUGCCGCCGGGAGUCAGCUCCACGACGCUCCUGCCGAAGCUCAUUCGCACCAAGGACGUGAAGCAGCUGCAGGACGGCAACGCACAGCCACAGAAGCCCAAGCUAACGAAAUGUCUCAACACGCUGGACCUGACCUCGCUGGGAAUCGGAUCCUGCUGCGGCACGGGCAUGUACUUGGUGGCCGGAAUGGUGGCCCAGAAGAUAGCCGGACCCGGAGUGAUUAUUAGUUUUAUUAUAGCCGCCAUAGCGAGUAUUUUCUCAGGCGCCUGCUAUGCGGAGUUUGGCGUUCGUGUGCCACACACAUCCGGCUCGGCCUAUAUGUAUUCAUAUGUGGCGGUUGGAGAAUUCGUAGCUUUUAUAAUUGGUUGGAACAUGAUAUUGGAAUAUCUAAUAGGAACAAGUGCCUGUGCCUGUGCGUUAAGUUCUAGUUUCGAUUCCCUGACCGGCAAUGCCAUUGCUCGAACGAUAAGCGAGUCCAUUGGCACGAUAUUCGGCAAACCACCGGACUUUAUUGCCUUCGGCAUCACGCUGCUCAUGACCUGCGUCCUGGCAAUGGGUGCCAGCAAGUCGGUCAUCUUCAACCACUCGCUGAACGCCGUGAACCUGGCCACGUGGGUGUUCGUCAUGGCCGCCGGCCUCUUCUACGUGGACACGAAGACGUGGUCCGAGCACCAGGGAUUCCUGCCCUACGGCUGGAGUGGUGUGUUUUCCGGUGCCGCCACCUGUUUCUACGCAUUUAUAGGUUUCGAUAUCAUUGCGACAACCGGCGAGGAGGCGCACAAUCCGCAAAAGAGCAUACCGAAGGCGAUCGUUGGUUCCUUGGUCGUCGUGCUGAUCGCCUACGUUAGCGUUAGUCUAGUCCUUACGUUAGUGGUUCCCUACGAUCACAUCAACACGGGAGCUGCGCUGGUCCAAAUGUGGUCCUAUGUGAAUGCCCCGAAGUGCCGGGCGGUGGUGGCCAUUGGAGCCACGGCAGGACUUUCGGUGGCCAUGUUCGGCUCCAUGUUCCCCAUGCCACGUGUCAUCUAUGCGAUGGCCCAGGAUGGUCUAAUCUUCAGGCAACUGUCGCAGUUGUGGCAGCGCACCAACGUGCCCGGAUUGGCGACCAUCGGCAGUGGACUGGCCGCCGCCCUGGUGGCUCUCACUGUGCGCCUGGAGAUCCUCGUCGAGAUGAUGUCCAUUGGCACGCUGCUGGCCUACACGCUGGUGUCCACCUGUGUCCUGGUCCUGCGCUAUCAGCCGCACAGCACCUCGCUGGUGGAGCUGCUGCCGGCACAGCUGCGCACGCCAGUGGCUCCGGGAACGGCCAGCGACUCCCGGUCGCAUGUCACGCCCGCCGAGGUGCUCGAGGUGCCCGGCAAGCUGACCAUCAAGCGGGUGACCCGCGGCAUGUCCGACUCGGACGACUCCUUCAUCGACGACAGUCCCGAGGGAUUCCUCGGCGGGCGGGACGAUCAGUUCCUGGUCUCCGAUCGAUCGGAGAACAAGUUCUACGGCAGCGUGCACGGCGCUCCCACCGGACCAACUGGCCAGGCCACCGCCUUCGAUGCGAUGGGACUGAACUUCGUCACCCGGAAGAUCCACGACUACGCGUACCUGUGCCCCGGCUUCUUUCCCUGGAUAAAUCCCGGCCAGGCCACCGCCGAAAGUGGCAUGUACGUCACCAAGUUAGUGGGCAUCAUGUUCGGUCUCAUAUUCUUCCUGGAUUUGUUCGCGGCCAUCGGUUGGUCCGGUGGCCUCGCCGCCUUCAUUUAUUUCAUUUUGUUUAUCGGCAUAUUUGUGAUACUAUUGAUUAUAUCGAGGCAGCCGCAGAAUAGAUACGCGCUGGCCUUCCUCACGCCGGGACUGCCCUUCAUCCCGGCCAUCGCGAUCACGGUGAACAUUUACCUGAUAUUCAAGCUGAGCAUCCUGACGCUGGUCCGCUUCACCGUGUGGAUGUCCCUGGGCUUCGUCAUGUACUUCUACUACGGCAUCACGCACAGCAGCUUGGAGCAGACCAGCGACGAACUGGAGCUGCACGUCGACUAUAGCAAAAACGUCGAGGAGAAGGCCGUGUGGGAUCAGCAGUCGUACAACCAAACCCACGAGCCCGUUUGGGCCAGCAAGGAGGUCAAGCAGCCUUCAAAGCAACGCUACAACUACGGAAAGACCUCGUCGUCUUCGUCCUCCCAGCAGGCGGUUAGUUCAAGGAACGGCGGUGCGCCGGAGAAGCCGCCGGGCAGAGGCACCGCGGGUCCCAAUCGACCGGUGCCACCUCCCCCGAUUCCCGGCCAAAACCAGACGAAGGGCGGUGGUCCUCCCAUGGAACGCCAGUACACCGGCCAGUUCAGCAUGUUCGUCGACGAGGGACAGUUUCCCACGUGGGAGGACUAAGCCGUAGCGCGACCACAAACCCAAUCCCCAUCCCCAUCCCCAUCUCCAUUCCCAUUCCCAUUCCCAUUCCCAUCCCCGUUCCGAUUCCCAUUCCCAUUCCAGCAGAAUCCCGCUGAUUUCCGCUGAGUGAUGCUCCAUCGAGGAAGGACAACCAAGAUCUCAAUGGCCAGGAAUCAGGAAUAACAGGAUUUUCUGGGGCUCACUCAUACACUUGUAAAUACGAUUAGAGAUGUUAAGUUUAACCAUAUAUAUAUAUAUACAUAUAUGGCGAUUGGCAGAUCGUGCAUACCGUAUACAAGGCAUAUGUGUCCUCGGGCGACGGAGUCAUUGUUCACGGCACUCCGUUCGGUUCCCGGCGAGGUCACUAUUAUACACCUAUACCAUAUACAAAUACAUAAUAUAUAUACACAUUAUAUAUAUAUACAUAUAUAUAUAUAUUGAUUAUACAAAGCAAAAAUAUAUAUACAUAUAUUUACAUAUAUAUAGCGAUGGGUUAUUAGUUCAGCAAAGUGUUACAGUGCAAAGUUGCCGAAUUCCAAUUACCCGAAACUUGAUACAAACCGACCGAUUAGCGAUAGGCGAUAAGCAAAGCGACCGAUAACCAGAUAACCAAUUUAACCGACGAACGAUUGUGCUCAACUUCGAUUGGCAAGCGUUUUGGGUGACGUUCGUCAAUCGGUUUUCAGCACACGAAUCAGGAAGGCCGAUCAGAUUCAGAUUCAGACUUUAGAUCCACAGAUCCAGAUCCAGAUCCACAGAAACAGACACAAUAAUUACAUAUGCAUAUUUCUGAAAUUGUUCAACCCCAAACCAAAUGGAAUAUCAGAAUCGACCGGAAGUGAGGCGAGUGUGGGGGUAUUUAACCGUGCACAUCUGUACAUUUUAGGCACCACCACCCCCACACUCACACUCACACUCACAGACACACACACACACACACACACACUUAAAGAAACGAAAAGAAAACCCCUGGGCUUGUGAAAGGAUCCCCGGAUCAGAUCAGAGGUGACUUGUCGUAACCCCAAAUGAUAUAGGCCCUCCGAUCGAAGACGAUCUUUGCAUAAAGUUGGGAUUUGCUCACACACAACGGACUCACUAAAAACACACUGAAAAGGAAAAACACUUCUUAUGUACCUAUGAUUCGAUUGUUGUUUACAUAUUUAUGCUAUGCAUUUUAUACGGCACUUGGGGCUUGAGGUUCUACUGUACAGUACGCCCUGCCUACGACCGUCCCGUCUCACUCACUCUAUCGGAAUGUUAUUCGAUUUUUUUUUAUCCUAUAAGCUCGCGCUAAACUAAAAACUCAUUUUUAAGCGGCAUUUCGCAUACGUUGUAAUACAAUUCAUUUUACUAAUCGAAUACCAAGCAAAAAAUUAUACAAAUAUGCAUAUAUAUUUAUAAAAAAAAUUACCAUAUAGACGAAUACCAAAGAAUACCAAAAAAAAUAUUUAUUGAACUAUUCAAAACUUAAACCAAGAGUAAAAACCAAAGCAAGCAUAACUACAACAAAUAUGUAUAAACACAAUGAUUAACUUAAACCAAAAGCAAAUAUGAUAAUGAAAAACAUUUAUGUACAAGCAUACUUUUUUCCACUUUAUAUACUAUGUACAAGCAAAACCAUGCAUAACUAUUUUUAGCUAAAUUACAAGUAUAUGGCAACGUUAAAAGCAAAAUCAACCUUUUUAAUAAUAUUAAUACUUAUGAUUAAUUUAUUCCUUUUGUACUUCACGACUUUGUACAGGAAAGAAUGAAUCCGAAUAGCGAAUAUCAAAGAAUGCAAACAAGAACUCAAUAACCUAGGGCUAUGAACUUCGAUCUGGCCCCAAAAACAGAGAAAGACACUAUUUAUAUACAAACAAAACAAAACAAAACAAAACAAAACGAAAAAUCGUACCUUCUAAGACAUUCGACAGUUGAAUAUUUUGAUUUUAGCUAAGUACUUUCGCUUUUAUUCAGUUGAUCCGAUCAAUUUCGAGUGCCAAAUCAAUGCACCAUGCACUCUUUGAACCAGAAGCAGAAAAAGUAAUAACGAAAAGUCUUAGGACCGAAACAAAACUAGUUCCACGUUCCACCUACUCAAUAUUAGGGUUUUGCGAUGAGGAGCUUUCCGGACCAACUACUUAAGAUUAUAGUGCCACCCAACUGGUCCUGCACCACCUGUUCUUACCUUAUUUUUAAUGAAAACUAUUCUAGUUUGUUUUCGAAACUUACAAAACACGAUUUGUACAUACACAAAACUUUACAGGCAGGCGGCAAAAACAGUGCGAAUGUAUAUUUUUAUGAACAAAAGACACAACAAACAUAAAGCAACUAAAGGGAAACGAAACUCAGAUACAAAAGUAACAACUAAAGAAUAACAUAUCCUACCACACAGCUUAAAGUUGAGAUACAAAUCUAGCGGAAUUCAUCGAGUCAACAUUCAACCGAUUGUUUUGAUAAUCAUCAUCACUGAUAGUUGAUUACAAAAGUCCCGUUAUUACGUUCGUUACAAAGUUGGGUCAAACUACUUAUUUUUUUGAAUUAAUACGCAUUUCCUUUUACGGACUAGCGUUUUCAUCAGUGAGAAGGGAUCUCAACCUUCUGCUGAAUGUUCACUCAGAGGAAUUCCAACCGUACUUUUAAAUAUCAGUACAGGCAAUCCAGUAACUGCGGGCUGAAGCAGCUUGCUCUUCCACCUUUCGGUUAUUUCGGUACCACCAAGUUAAGAUAAAUGUUAUGGGAAUAUGAUAGGUUUAAUAGAUUUUCUACAGUUCCAAUUUAAAGCGAAUAACAACCAAGUCAACAUAACAUGCAAUAUAUCGAUAAGUGCGAAGGGUAAACCAAAAAGCUUCCGUUAACAAAAAGUAUGCAUUUUACUAUAACAUAUUGUUUCCAUACUUUUUUAAUCCCUCAAAAUGGAAAUUAAUGUCUAUGCUCACUGUGACUGUAACUGUAACUGCAAUUUAAUCUGCAAGCAGGAUGAGAUCGAAAUCGGAAUAGAAAAACCAAAGGCCUAAUCGCACUCACAAACACGCAUAGACAUGCACACAAAAAAAAAUUAACAGAUCAACAAUAAGAGCAGCAAUAAGCAGAGAAUUAUAAUUCCAAAAGCGAAGCAGACCGUUUACUUAAAAGCCAAGCCUAAAUAUAAACAAAAGUAACUGGAAAUAGUCCACAUUAAAUUGUUUAAUUCAUUGGAAAUGGCUUUAGACGAUUGUUUCCUUAUUGAUUGAUUUUCCAGCUGAAUAUAACGUACCUAAGUUUCUGUUUAUUUCAUAAGACUGAAUUACUGGAAUAUGAUUUAUUUUAAACGUGUAUAUAAUUAAGGUGUAUUAACAAACUUUACAACUUUUACUAAUGAAGCAUCAAAAUUUUUGAAAUUAUUCUGAACUCAUUUAUUAAAAAUAAAAAAAAAAAAAACCAGGAUGAAAGUGAGGAGUAGAAACGAUGAAAAAGUGAUGAUAAAGUCGGAGAGGGUAUGAAGUUAA